UUAUAAUAUUGUUGCGAUGAAAAAUUAUCAGAUUUUUAUGAUAUUGAGCGUAUCAACACUUUUAACCAUUUUAUCAAUGUAUUUAUACCAGUACAAUAACCUUCAUUAUAAAUUUCGGAAAUAUCAAAAAAGCAGUAAAAACGCAAUGGUUAAGCCUUGUCCUUGUCAAACAGUGGAUUGUGUAAUGCAAGGAGAAUGGACUCCACGUUUUAAUAUUUCUAUUAGUGAAGUUAAGGAAGUUGAACGAAUCCAUAAGUUAUAUUCUCCUAAAAAAGAUUUUCCGUAUGAAGAAAACUUACGUCAAGAUGAGCAUUGUGGUCCUUUUUAUGACAUGAACAGUUUUGCAACUCAAUGCAAGAAGAACAGUUCAAAACCUUGCUGUAACGAGCAACUUCAAAAAUGUGGAGGCAAUGAAACGUAUUGCAACUGCGAUGGCUGUACUAACUACAAUAUAUCACUAAAACACGCCUCAUUGCAUAAUUGGAUUGAACUUUUUUGUCCUAUUGAAAACUUUAACUCAAAAGCUACAUGUGAUUUUUUAAAUAAUCAUUUUUCUAGUAUACUAUUUGUUGGAGAUUCUCUUAUGAGACAAUUUUUUGGUGGAUUAUUAAUGCAUUUGACAGAUGACAAGAUUCAUGGAACCUUGAUUUCAACACUUGAUCAAAGUAUAUUUUCUGAAUGCCAAGGUGAACUUCAAUUUUUAGAGAAAGAAGUAUGCCGAAAAUCAUUUGCAAAAAAUUGGGAUGACAUAGAAAAAAAUCUAAAAUUUUGUCAGUACAACAAACAGAAAAUAAAAGUAAGUUUUAAAGAGUUGCAAAACAUUUUUGCCUUUCAGAGUGAAAUUUCAAUUUUUGAUCGUAUAGUAGAAGAAACUAAUCCAAUGAUAGUUGCAGGAGCAGGUGGUCACGAAAACUUUAAUUUAAGCCGAAUGAUUAAUGAAUAUCUCAAACCGUUGUGGGAUAUAACUAAAAAAAAUAAAAAUACAACUUUAAUUUGGGUGGCCUAUCCACCACCAACAGAUAUGAAGCCAGCUGUUUAUUUCCGGACUCAAUCUUUGCUAGGAAUAAAGAAGUUUAAUAACGAUAUAGAAAGGUUUUGUAAAGAAAACAACAUCAAAUUUUUUGAUACUUUCAAAAUCUUUAAAGGUAUGCAUAGUUUUGAUGGAACGCAUUAUGGAACUGAAUUGAAUUUUGUGAAAUUUAAAAUCUUUAUCAAAUAUUUGAGGAUGUUUUACGAACAAAUUUAGAAAACAAGUAAAAAA